CAUCGAGGUAUUUGUAUACCAAAAAGACGCCACAAACUUCUGCGAUUCAAAAGAAAAACGAGAAUCAGUCACAAGCGAAGACAAUGAAAACAAGAGCGACGAUGGUCAAAAGUGUGAAAAAGGAAGUGAUCUGGCGGAAUGGGUGUUGUUGAAUGAUGAACGACUACCAGUGGUGAUUGUGUGUACCCAGAGUGAAGAAGAAGAUCCUCCCAAUUGGAAGUUUCAAGUCACUGUCGAGCAAGGUGCGGGUGAGAAAGAGACCAAAAAAAGCAGCACAAGCUGCGACCCACCAGCAACCUCAUUUCUCGACUGCCUCCUAACUUGCCCAGGGACCAACCUGGAACGAACUUCGCCGACCUUUGUCGAGUGGAAAUCAAAAGGU